AUGAUCCCCGCUGAGUACCAGGGCCACUGGGCGUUCACGGAGCUGUUCGUGUUCCGCCAUGAGGGCACGCUCCCGAUCCCCUGUGACGUCAAGGUCUUCGAGGGCAUCCUCUGGCUCAUGCAAGGCAGAAAGAAGGAGGCCGCAAUGCAUGAUCAGGCUGCUAUGGAUGUUUCCUUGGAUUAUAAACCAGGCGAUACACAGCAGAUAGCUUCAGCCCCGGUGCUGAAUUUGGUGCAGCAACAAUCAGGGCCUCCUCAGGUGGCUGUUCAGGCAGUUGAAGGCUUGAAGGUAGAAGGUGCCCAAACUUCACAGAUGAGUGGACAAAAAUUUAAGCUCUUUUGUUCCCGUUGUUCUCGCAGAGGUCACUUGGUGGCGGAGUGUCCAAUGCCCCUUUUUUGUGAGAUUUGUGAAAGCAAGACACAUGUUACUCAUAAGUGCCCACUGCUCAAAGCGACAAAGCCCGUAGCGCAUUCGGUUGGAUAUGGUGUAAAAGGAUUAGGUUUCUUUCACAUCCCGGUACCUGAGAAGGAGAUGCGUAAAAAUAAAUCUGAAGUGGCAUGGGCUUUGGCUUCUGUGAAAGGAGGGAGCAUGUCUGUGCCUCAGGUCAUUGCGGAAUUAGAACGGCUGGUACCCGUUAAAUGGGCUUGGGAGGUGAAGGAACAGGGGAUUGAUGCUUUUCUGAUAGCUUUUCCUAAUGAAGUGGAGAGGCAUAGAAUGGUAGAGUUUGGGAUCUUGACUGUCAAAUACCCUGCAGGGGUGCAGCUUCAAUUUGAUGAAUGGGGCGCAGAUGAUGAAGCAAAAUUUCAGUUACCUAUGAUUUGGGUGCAGGUUGGAGGAAUACCGAAGGAGUUGAGAACCUUCCCAAUCUUAUGGUCGGUGGGUACUGUCCUAGGUGCAACUCAGAAGGUGGAUAUGGUAUUCACUAGGAAUAAUGAUAUGGCUCGCAUUCUCAUUGCUGUACUUGAUCCAUCUCUCAUUCCGGAUACCCUUGAAGUAGUCUUUGGAAGUUGUCUCUAUUCCAUUUAUUUCAUGGUGGAGAAGGGCGAUAGUGUUACAGCAGGGGGACGUGGGGUGAAUGGUGAUGGCAAUGACCGUAUGGACGAUGAUGAAGAAGACGAUCUUCUAGAUGAAGAUGAUGUCAUGGAGGACAGAGGCCCAAAGAGAAGCAAGAAUGCUUCUGCAAAGUUGAGUUUGCCUUCUAAGUCGCUUUCGGCUGAGGAAGGCGAAGGAGCAAGUUCAGGUAAUAAAAGCACAGCAGCUAUUUCUCUUCCCUUGGAGCAAUCUGGAGCCGGAAAUUUGGUAUUGUCCUCAAGGCUUCUUUCAGCUCAGGAAGAAAUUGUUGCUACCGCAGGAAAUACUAUUGUUACUGCUAGUUCUCUUCCUUUGGAGAAAUCCGAAUGUUCUUUGUUUCCGGCCUCUAGUGCUUUGGUUCCAAUCCUUGAAGCAGCUGGAUGUUUUGAUUUGAAUGUCAGUAAAGAUCGUAAACCAGGCACUCUUUGUUUUGAUGAAUGGGUUCGAAACAAAGUUGAUGCUAUAAUGGAUAUUGUGGUGGAUGCAAAUUUGAAGGAGAUAGCUGAUCGGAUUGUAGCAGAGGAUGCUGAUUUUGGCUUUGGUAAAACUGACAUGUUGCCGAUUGGUUCUGACUUGGGCAAGGGUGCGGGUACAGAGGACGCAGCGGCAGCAUCACUGCCUUUGGCAGCGACAAAAGAUCAAUUCUCUUCGGUCUCGCCGGGUGCUUCUACACCUUCAAAGCGCGUCUCUUCAAAUACUCCAGUUCGUUGGAGCAAGAGGAGGGCAUCGACGGUGGAUGAAGACUCGGUGGAACGGGCGGCAAGAUUGGUGGCAAUCCGCAACUUGGAGAUACCGGACACGGAAGAAACACAUAGGAAUGACUUUGUGCAGACGGAUCUUAAUCAUUUUUGUGGUGAUAGAGAUUUCGGUUGGCAUUGGUCAUCGCCCCGUGGAAGAUCUGGUGGAAUUCUAAUGGGAGUAAAUCUUUCCUUAUUUGAGGUUAUAGAUAUUUUUGAGGGAGAAUUUCAUGUUAAAUUCCAUCUCAAAUGUAAAGAUGAUGGAUUCCAAUGGAUUCUGAUGGCUGUUUAUGGAGCAGCCCAACCAGAAUACAAAGAAUUAUUUUUAACGGAGCUAGUACAUGCUUGUAGCAAUUUAACUUUACCGAUUAUGGUUGGAGGUGAUUUUAAUAUCAUUAGAAGCCCUGUAGAGAAAAGCAAUGAUAAAUAUGAUGAUAGAUGGCCGUUUUUGUUUAAUGCCAUUAUUGAAAGUUUAGAUUUAAGAGAAAUCGUAUUAUCAGGGAGACAAUUCACUUGGGCUAAUUCUUUGGAGAAUCCAACUUAUGAGAAGCUUGAUAGAAUUUUAGUGAGCACAGAGUGGGAACAAAAAUAUCCUUUAUGCACCGUUCAGGCGCUUUCUAGGGAUAUUUCAGACCACACUCCUUUGCUACUUGACUCAAGAGAUGCUUCUCAUCGCGAUGUUUUGGACAGGAAGGCGGAGAAAAUUCUUUUAUCUCCGGAAGAGUCUGAUAUGCUUCGUUGCUUUAAAGCAAGUUUAGCCCAGUUGUUGAGAGAAGAAGAGAUAGCUUGGUUCCAACGCUCUAAAACGAAGCAGCUUUUUGAGGGUGAUAGAAAUUCGAGGUAUUUUCAGUUGAUUGCUAACGGCAAGUAUCGUAAGACUCGUAUUUUUCAGAUUGAACAUGAUGGUCGAACUUUUACCAGGCAAGAUGAAAUUAAGGAACAUAUCACUUCUUAUUAUAGAGAUCUUUUUGGUCCACCUGUGAGUAAUCAGUUUUUGAUGUUGGAGAAUCGCAAAGUGGACAUACCUCAGAUCUCUGAUAUAGAGAAUGAUAUGCUUGUGGAAGGUUUUUCCGAAAAAGAAGUCAAAGAGGCGAUUUACGGAAUGGAACACAACAAAGCUCCAGGCCCAGAUGGGUUUCCUGCGGAGUUCUAUCAAGUGUUCUGGGAAGUAAUCAAGGCUGAUUUGAUGGCCUUAUUUGAUGACUUUCAUGAGGGUGAUUUACCUCUUUUCCGACUUAAUUUUGGAAUAAUUACUCUACUUCCCAAGGUCAAGGAUGCGGCCAUUAUACAACAGUACAGACCAAUCUGCCUUUUGAAUGUUUCUUUCAAAAUCUUCACUAAAGUGGCUACAAAUAGAAUAGUUGAAGUUUCAGAGAAAAUUAUAAGACCUUCUCAGACUACGUUUUUGCCAGGAAGGAAUAUUCUGGAAGGAGUAGCUAUACUUCACGAAACCAUUCAUGAGAUGCAUAGGAAGAAGCUUAGUGGAGUGAUUUUGAAACUAGAUUUCGAGAAAGCGUAUGAUAAAGUUAAAUGGCCUUUCCUGCAACAAACGUUACGUAUGAAAGGUUUUUCUCCUGUUUGGUGUUCUUGGAUUGAGCAGUUUGUAACAGGGGGGAGUGUUGCAGUCAAGGUCAAUAACGAUAUUGGAAGAUAUUUUCAAACAAAGAAAGGGCUAAGGCAGGGGGACCCCAUAUCACCGAUUCUCUUUAAUAUAGUAGUAGAUAUGCUGGCUGUUCUGAUUGGUAGAGCCAAAGACGCAGGUCAAAUAAGGGGAGUUGUGCCUCACUUAAUUGACGAUGGCCUCUCCAUUUUGCAAUAUGCAGAUGACACUGUUCUUUUUAUGGAACAUGAUAUUGAUCAAGCUAAGAAUAUGAAGCUUCUACUUUGUGCAUUUGAAGAGCUUUCUGGCUUGAAAAUCAAUUUCCAUAAAAGUGAGUUGUUCUGUUACGGGGAUGCUAAAGAGUCUGUGGAGGAAUAUUCGCAUUUGUUUGGGUGUGAGAUGGGGAAUUACCCCUUUAGAUAUCUUGGCAUCCCUAUGCAUCACAGGAAGUUAAGUAAUAAAGAUUGGCGGAUAAUAGAGGAUAGAUUUCAGAAGAAAUUGAGUAGUUGGAAAGGUAAACUUCUGACUAUUGGAGGUCGCUUAGUUCUGAUUAACUCAAAUUUGAGUAGCAUUGUGAUGUAUAUGUUGUCCUUUUUUGAGAUCCCUCGCGGAAUUCUUAAGAAUUUGGAUUACUUUAGAUCACGCUUCUUUUGGCAAAGCACUGAACAUAAGAAAAAGUACCGCCUGGUGAAAUGGGGCAUCUUAUGUAGACCUAAAGACCAGGGUGGCUUGGGUAUAAAGAAUAUUGAUGUUCAGAAUAAAUGCUUGCUUAGCAAAUGGCUCUUCAAGCUGAUAAAUGAAGAUGGGAUGUGGCAACAAUUGUUGAGAAGAAAAUAUUUAAAGAAUAAAACGAUAGGUGAGGUGAAAUGGAAACCUGGCGAUUCUCACUUUUGGUCGGGCCUUAUGAAGGUCAAAGAUCAAUUCUUGAGAUUGGGAUCGUUUCAUCUAAAUAAUGGUUUUCAAAUCAGAUUCUGGGAAGAUACUUGGGUAAUCUUCAGGGGAACACACUGGAUCAGACAGUGGUCCUUGCUUCAAGAGGAGGAAGCAAGACAACAAAUGAAGUGGGCGUGCCGAAUCCUGGAGACCACGAUAAUGGAGAUCUUCGUCAAGCAUGGGUGGAUGUUUACUAGGAGGAUUGGUCCGUGAAGUUGCU